AUGGGCGAGAAGCAGCGUGACAAGAUCACCCAGCUAGCGCGCCAGCUCUCGCAUCUAUCGCAGCGCAGCAGCGGCAUCCGGCCCGGUGCCGAAGGACGAGGAGAUGAGCCUCCGAACCCGUUCCUCGACCCGGAUGCCGAUCCCGAGCUGAAUCCCAACUCGGACAAAUUCAACCACCGCAAAUGGGUCAAGAAUAUCCUCCAGAUCACCUCCCGCGACCCGGAGCGGUAUCCGCGCCGCACGGCCGGCGUCUCGUUCCGCAAUCUCAAUGCCUACGGGUAUGGAACCGCUGCCGACUAUCAGAUGAACGUCGCCAAUCUGUGGCUGAAGGCCUUUGACUGGGUGAAGAGCGCGCUGGGGUACGGGAAGAAGGUGCGCAUCGAUAUCCUGCGGGACUUUGAAGGAUUGGUCCGGAGUGGAGAGAUGCUGGUCGUGCUGGGGAGGCCCGGAAGUGGUUGUUCAACGUUCCUCCGUACUUUGGCGGGAGAGACGCACGGUUUUUGGCUCGAUCAGGGCACCGACAUCCAGUACCAGGGCAUCUCCUGGGACGAGAUGCACAGUCGCUUCCGCGGCGAGGUCAUCUAUCAAGCGGAGACCGAAAUCCAUUUCCCCCAGCUGACUGCCGGCGAGACCCUGCUGUUCGCCGCCAAAGCCCGCGCUCCGUCCAACCGUCUCCCUGGCGUCAGUCGCGACCAGUAUGCCCUGCACAUGCGGGAUGUCGUCAUGACCGUCUUGGGUCUGUCGCACACCAUGAACACCCAGGUCGGAAAUGAGUAUAUUCGAGGCGUGUCGGGUGGCGAGCGCAAACGCAUCAGUAUUGCCGAGACGACUCUCUGCGGCAGUCCGUUGCAGUGCUGGGAUAACAGCACGCGUGGCUUGGACAGUUCAACUGCCCUCGAGUUUGUCCGCACUCUCCGGACGUCCACCAAAUACACGGGGUCCACCGCCGUCGUGGCCAUCUACCAGGCCGGACAAGCCAUAUACGAUAUCUUUGACAAGGCCAUCGUUCUCUACGAAGGCAGACAGAUUUACUUUGGCAGUGCGGCCGAUGCUAAGCGUUACUUCGUCGACAUGGGCUUCUACUGCCCUCCGCGACAGACGACCGCCGACUUUCUGACCUCCCUGACCAACCCGGCAGAGCGGCAGGUUCGACCAGGCUUCGAAGGCCGCGUGCCCCAGACGCCUGACGAGUUCGCGGCACGAUGGAAGGAGAGUCCCGAGCGCAAAGCCCUCUUGGCGGAGAUCGAAGCCUUCCAGGCGGAAUAUCCGUUGGGCGGGGACAAGUAUCAGGAAUUUGUCAAGUCGCGCAAAGCGGAAAAGGCCAAGAGGACGCGCGCCUCGUCUCCGUACACGCUGUCCUAUCCGAUGCAGAUCCGGCUGUGCCUGUGGCGAGGCUUCAAGCGUCUGAAGGGAGACAUGAGCAUGACUCUGGCGAGCGUGAUCGGGAACACCUGCAUGUCCCUGGUUAUCUCGAGUAUCUUCUACAACUUGCCGCCCGGGACCAGCAGCUUCUACCCCCGCGGGGCGCUGCUCUUCUUCGCCGUGCUGAUGAACGCCUUUGCGAGUGCGCUGGAAAUCAUGACCUUGUGGCAGCAACGGCCCAUCGUCGAGAAACACAACAAGUAUGCUCUCUACCACCCGUCCGCAGAAGCCGUGAGCUCCAUGUUGGUCGACAUGCCCUCCAAGAUCCUCCAGGCCAUCGGCUUCAAUCUGAUUCUGUACUUCAUGACCAACCUCCGACGCACGCCCGGCCACUUCUUUGUGUUCUUCCUGUUUUCGUUCUCGACAACCCUGACUAUGUCGAACCUUUUCCGCUUCAUCGGGGCCAUCUCGCGCACCCAAGCGCAGGCCAUGGUCCCCGCCGCGUGCUUCAUGCUGGCCCUCAUGAUCUACACCGGCUUCACCAUCCCGAUCAGCGACAUGCACCCGUGGUUCCGGUGGAUCAACUACCUGAAUCCCAUCGGAUACGCGUUCGAGAGCCUUAUGGUCAACGAGUUCAGCGACCGGAAGUUCCCGUGCGACGCGUACGUGCCCAUGGGUCCGGGCUAUGAGAAUCUCCCGAACAGCUCCUUCAUCUGCAGCGGCACAGGCGCCGUCGCCGGUCAGCCUUACAUCGAUGGGGAUGCGUACCUCAACAGCACGUUCCAAUACUACCGCUCCCAUAUGUGGCGUAACUUCGGUAUCCUGGUGGGUUUCUUCUUUUUCUUCCUCGUCGCGUACAUCGUAGCCAGCGAAUUCGCGACCGCCAAGCCGUCCAAGGGCGAAAUCCUCGUCUUUCCCCGCGGCAAGAUCCCGGCAUUCGCGAAGACAGUCAAGAAGGGCGGCGAUGAGGACCCCGAAGCGGCAGCGAAGCGGGAGAAGCAGACCGUGGCACAGGAAAGCCAUGACCAGACAGCGGCCAUUGUCAAGCAAACGGCGGUCUUCCACUGGCAGGACGUCUGCUACGACAUCAAGAUCAAGGGUCAACCGCGGCGCAUCCUCGAUCACGUGGACGGCUGGGUCAAACCGGGCACGCUGACGGCGUUGAUGGGUGUCACCGGCGCCGGCAAGACCAGCUUGUUGGAUGUGCUGGCGAACCGCGUUACGGUCGGGGUGGUGACCGGCGAGAUGCUCAUCGAUGGGCGCCCGCGCGACGCAUCGUUCCAACGCAAGACGGGCUACGUGCAGCAGCAAGAUCUGCAUCUGGAAACGUCGACCGUCCGGGAGGCGCUCCGGUUCAGUGCGCUGCUCCGCCAACCGGCCAGCGUACCGCGGGAGGAGAAGUUCGCCUAUGUCGAAGAGGUCAUCAAAAUGCUAGGGAUGGAGGAGUACGCGGAAGCAGUCGUCGGGGUGCUGGGCGAGGGUCUCAAUGUCGAGCAGCGCAAGCGCCUGACAAUCGGCGUCGAGAUUGCCGCCAAGCCCGAUCUGCUGCUCUUCUUCGACGAGCCAACAUCCGGCCUGGACAGCCAGACGGCGUGGUCGAUCUGCCAGCUCAUGCGCAAGCUGGCCGACCACGGCCAAGCCAUUCUUUGCACCAUCCACCAGCCGUCGGCGGUGCUGAUGCAGGAAUUCGACCGGCUCCUGUUCCUGGCCAAGGGCGGCAAGACGGUGUACUUUGGCGAGCUGGGCGAUAACAUGAGCAAGCUGAUCGAGUACUUUGAGAAGAACGGAUCGCCGAAGUGUCCGCCAAACGCCAACCCGGCCGAAUGGAUGCUGGAAGUGAUCGGAGCGGCGCCGGGUUCCCACGCCGAGAAGGACUGGACCGAGGUGUGGAAGGCGAGCCCGGAGCGGGCGGCCGUUCGCGAAGAGCUGGCAAGGAUGAAGGCGGAGCUGUCUCAGAAGCCGCAGACGCCGCGUGAAGCUGGAUAUGGCGAAUUCGCCAUGCCGCUGUGGUACCAGUUUGUCGUGUGUCUGCACCGGAUGUUCCAGCAGUACUGGCGGACGCCGGCGUACAUCUACUCGAAGCUGGUUAUGUGUGUGAUUCCACCCCUCUUCAUCGGAUUCACCUUCUGGAGAGAACCGACCAGUCUGCAAGGCCUGCAGAACCAGAUGUUCGCCAUCUUCAUGCUCCUGACCAUCUUCCCCAACCUGACGCAGCAGAUGAUGCCGUACUUUGCGCGGCAGCGAUCACUGUACGAAGUGCGGGAGCGCCCGUCCAAGGCGUAUUCCUGGAAAGCGUUCAUCCUCGCCAGUAUCAUCGUGGAACUGCCCUGGAACAUGCUCAUGGCCGUCCCGGCGUUCUUCUCCUGGUACUACCCGAUCGGCUUCUACCGCAACGCCGAGCCGACCGACUCGGUCGUGUCGCGGGGCGGGACGAUGUUCUUGCUGAUCCUGCUGUUCCUGCUGUUCACGUCGACUUUCAGCUCGAUGGUGAUUGCGGGGAUCGAGCAGCCGGAGACUGGGGGCAACAUCGCGCAGCUUCUGUUUUCGUUCUGCCUGGUGUUUUGCGGUGUCCUAGCGACCCCAACAGCCCUCCCAGGAUUCUGGAUCUUCAUGUACCGAGUCUCGCCAUUCACAUACCUGGUCUCAGCAGUACUAUCGACAGGCCUUGCACAGACGAAGGUAGUCUGCGCAGAGAACGAAAUCCUGCGCCUCUCGCCGCCAGCGGGCCAGACAUGCGCCGAGUUUCUAGGUCCCUACAUGAGCUACGCGGGCGGACAGCUGCUAGACCCUCGCAACACGACGCAGUGCGAGUUCUGCAGCGUGGCGACGACGGACACGUUCCUGGCGCAGCUGGACAUUUACUACAGCGACCGGUGGCGCAAUAUGGGGAUCCUGUUUGCGUACGUCGGGUUCAACAUUGUCGGGGCGAUUUUCUUGUACUGGCUGGCAAGAGUGCCGAAGAAGAAGACGUUGAAGGAGAAGCAGCCAGCAGCGAAGUAG